AUGACGGACGGUAGCUCUUUGAAGUUGAUCUUUCUUGCCUUGUUGCUUGUUUCACAACAUUCGUUCCGUGAGUCCAUAUUUAUAAUAGUUAUGAAAAAUCAGGGAAUAUUCCACUUGUUUGCAUAAUUUUUUUCUAAAUAGUUCAAAGCUCAAAAAAAUAAGCCACACUUCGCUGAACUUUUUCAUCAUUAAUUCGCUCAAACCCAGUAACUCAAUUUCAUAGAAAUAAUUAAUUCUACCUAUUUUUUUGAUUCUGAGAAAAUUUAUUGAAAAUUUAUAGAAACUUGGUUUUUUUGAUCUUUCCAACGACUAUUUGAAAAAAAUAUUCUUAUACAUGUUUCCUCCAUAGAUUUCACUGAAAAUUUUACCAAUUUCAUGAGCAGAAAGUUUCAGAACAAGAGCAAGAAGAAGCGCUCAAAGAGCCGGAAGAACAGGAAGAAGUUUACGAAGAAGAGCCGGAUAUCAGUGAGCGAGGACUGGCCAAACACCUCCUGGCUGAUUAUUAUCAGUACACCCGGCCUGUUAAGAACUUUUCGAAAGUUCUUAACGUGACCGUUCAGCCACAGAUUUAUAACCUCGUCGAAGUGGUAAGAAUUAGUUUUUCAAUAAUUUGAUGUAACUUUCAUCAUUUUCAGAACGAGCAAAACGAACAAAUAAAAAUUUUAUUAUGGUUUCCACAGGUGUAGUUGAACAAAAGCUUCUUGAAAAAUAUUAGAUAUUUUCAGAGUUGGCAAGACGACUAUUUGACAUGGGAUCCAGUGGACUGGGGUGGAAUCAAAAAAAUUAACAUUCCUAUUUCGCAAAUUUGGAUUCCGGACGGUUAUAUUUUCAACACGUGAGUUCAAAAAGGCCGCUGUAAAAAAACAAUAAGUCUGAAUCUUUUUUAUUCAUAUUCUAACAGUUUCGAGGAAUUUCACGAUCUCUACCAAUUUUUUUUAUCUUCCAGCGUAGAAAUGACGGAACCACUUACGAAUCACAAUGCGAGAGUGAGCAACGACGGAAGAGUCGAGGUCGAUUUCAACAAGGUCAGACUAUAAACACCUUGAUCUUUAUUUUGAUGAUUUUCAGCUCGUAGAUUUGACUUGUCCGAUGUCGGUUCUUUCGUUUCCUUUCGACGUUCAGCUGUGCUCUUUGCAGUUUGGAUCUUGGUCCUAUCAAGCCCACGAAAUCAGUUUUAACGUUCUGGAUACGUUCGUGCCAAAACAAGGGGUGAGCUUAGAUAGAGUGACUGCAUAUAAAUUGACCGUUUGUAAAAAUAAAUUAGUUUCAAUCAAAUAUGAAUGUCUGUGCCGAAAAAAAGUGUUUUUUGGAUGUUUUGUUUUUUUGAAUUUUAGCACGCUUUUUUUGAAAAAAAUUUGAAAACAACUAAAAUUCAGUUUACAUAAUUACAGAAAAAAAUACUUUUUAUGAGAAAUUACUUUCACUGACUCAAAAAAGAACAAAAGUAUACUGAUAUUUUUUUCCCCAUUUGAUCUUCAAAUGAUUGGUCAUCCGACUCAAUUAUAUUUGCCUUGAAUUUUUUAGAAACCGUAUUUUCCACUCAAUGAGUAAUUGCAACCAAAGAUUCAUAUGCCGGAAAAAUCAUAGAUCUGUUGGAUUGCAGAAGAACUCCGAAUGGGACAUCAUAUCGUUCAAGGCGGAAAAAAUUGUCACGAAAUAUGAAAAUACUUUGGGCGGGUUCAACGAGUACGAGGAGAUCUUCUAUAAAUUGGUUCGUUGCUUUGAAAAAUCGGCUUGAAAUAGACAUUUUGGGAGCAAAAAAAGCUUUUAUUUCAUAUUUCGUCAAAAAGAGCAUUAGAAAAGUUUAUCAUUUACAAGAAUUAACGCUGUAACUUCUGAUAAUUUUAGCUAUUUUUUUAAGAAUCUUGUUCAAGUUCUGAGUGAAAUCCUGAGAAUUGAGCGACGGAGUUCUUAAAAUUAAAAGAAAAUCUGUAAUUUGUUACAAACUUUUUAUGAUUAUAUAUUCAAUUCAGGAGCUUCGAAGAAAGCCUCUCUAUUACAUUGUCGUAAUUCUCCUACCCACAUUCCUCAUAGUCACAGUUUCUAAUGUCGGAUUAUUCACGCCACAUGGCGUCCAUGGAGAUCGAGAAGAACAUGUGAUCAUCUCCAUUCAGAUUGAUUUCUUUAUCUCUCACUUAAGGUGUCCCUUGGAUUGACAACAAUGCUCACUAUGGCUGUCAUUUUGGACAUGGUAACUGGUCAAAUGCCCCGAAGCAGCGAAGGAAUUCCUCUUUUAGGUCGAUCGCAGAACAUAUUCAUUUAAAUUAGUUUCAUUUUCAGGUCUCUACGUACUUAUUGAAUUCGUGAUAUCAGUCAUAGCAGUACUGGUCUCUGUGGUGAUUAUUUUCGCUCACGAAAGGAUGGUCUAUUUGGAGGCGACUCCGCCCAGGUGGCUCUACAAAUUUUUCAAUGAAAACGAUUUUGGAGAAGAGGUUCAAAAAUAAGAAAAAGAAUUAGUCAGAGUCGAUUUACAGUUUGACGAGGAUAUGAACGUCAAGUCACACGAGUUGGUACAAGAAUUGAAGUUUUGUAUGGAAGAAAUACGCAAAUACCUCGAUGAUCAGGUGAGAGAUGAUUUCGGAAGUUUUGUGAAGAGCUCCUUUCAGAAAAAAAAAAUGGAAAAAUUCCUUUAAAAAAUGGAGUAUAGUUUGCGUGCCAUAAUUUGAAAUUUCACGGAACGACAUUCCGCUGCGCGCCUUUGCGAACCUUGGUCGCGCUUUCAAGUUUUUUUCUUUUAUUAAGGUACUCUACUUUCAUGUGCUCCCACAGCAAUAACAACCAAUUCAAAGCAUGACCUAGAUUCGAAAGACGCUUCGCGAACGCACGCAGCGAAACAGCGGAAUGUCGGUCCGUGAAAUUUCAAGUCGUGGCUCACAGACUUUAUAAAAAAUGAGUCUAGUUUUUGUUUUUUUUCCACCGCUGACCGAAAUUCAAGUUUUUUGAUGGUCUCCACAUGAAUAGCAAAAAAAUAAAUGUAAGAAAGAAAAAUUAAAAAAAUUUGUGAAGUUCUUUUGGCAUAUACUGUCUUAAGUAGAAUAACGUUCAAGCCUUUUUUGGGUUGCCUCAUUUUACUUGUGAAAGACGGUAAGAAAAAAAAGUUUUACCAAAGUUUAAAGUUUUAGACCGGUCUGAAAGUCUUAUCAUUCAUACUCUAUCUUGCGAGAUUGUCUCCAAAGUUAAAAUAAACCUCGAAUUUUCAGGAAUCAUCCGAAAAAAUUCAAAUCAUUUGGCAACGGUUCUUCUCCUGGACUGAUAUCCUUUUCAGUGCAUUUUUCUUUGUUGUUAACUGUGCCACAACCGUUUGGAUGUUCCGAUCUUUCAUUUUCUGAAAUUCCGCAUUAUUGUCAUGUUUCUGCCUUUCAUUCAAUCCCGAGUACAUAAAAAUUAUUAUUACUCUUCAAGAAUUUACAAUGGAACAAAUAUAAAAUAGCACGAGAUUCAGACAAUCUCAAUUUUAAAGAAAAAUUCAGGCAGAACUUUUGUACGGAAACUUCAAAGAGACAAUUAUGGCACGCUACGCGAAAUAG